AAACAACGGCAAGCCAGUUUAAACUCGCUGCCUGAUGUAGACUUCGCUCUUCAUUAGUGGUUCAGUGGCUGUUCGCCUUGUUUUUGUCAGAAUCCGGAAGCGAUCACAUUUCAUCUCACUGUUUGGAGAAUAAGUUUGAAUGCAAGACCGCAAAAGUAAUAUUUGCAGGUGGGAGCAGUAGACCCGCCUUCUCGUCUGGCCCCUUGUCUCAGGAACCUGAAGUGCGAAGCUUCCCUAGCUGGCACCAGAGAGUGGAGAGGCGUCCCGCAGGCAGUGUACCUAUGUCCGCCCGCAACGGGUCUGCGAGUGAUGCAGACUGCCAGAUCUCGGAAGACUGCCGCAUCCCGGCCGACGUGGAGCUGAUGGAGCUGGGGCCACUGCUGGAGCAGGCUGCCCAGCCUGGGGGGGCCAAGGCUCUCGCUGCCGAGGGCUCGGCCGGCCUGGCGGAGGAGGACGAGGAUGAGGAUGAGGUGGGGGAGGUGCUGACGCUGCCCCUGCAGGCCCACCACGCCAUGGAGAAGAUGGAGGAGUUUGUGCACAAGGUGUGGGAGGGCCGCUGGCGUGUGAUCCCGUUCCAUGUGCUACCGGAGUGGCUGAAGGAUAACGACUACCUGCUGCACGGCCACCGCCCCCCCAUGCCCUCCUUCAGGGCCUGCUUCGGCAGCAUCUUCAGGAUCCACACCGAGACCGGCAACAUCUGGACUCACCUGCUGGGGCUGAUCCUGUUCAUAUGUCUGGGGACGCUGACGAUGCUGCGGCCGAACAUGUACUUCAUGGCGCCGCUGCAGGAGAAGGUGGUGUUUGGAAUGUUCUUCCUGGGCGCCGUGCUCUGCCUCAGCUUCUCCUGGCUCUUCCACACCGUCUACUGCCACUCCGAAAAAGUCUCACGCACCUUCUCCAAGUUGGACUACUCUGGCAUUGCGCUGCUGAUCAUGGGUUCGUUUGUGCCGUGGCUCUACUACUCGUUCUACUGCUCGCCCCAGCCGCGGCUCAUCUACCUCACCAUCGUGUGUGUGCUCGGGAUCGCCGCCAUCGUCGUGGCCCAAUGGGACCGCUUCUCCACGCCACGCCACCGACCCACCAGAGCAGGAGUGUUCAUGGGCCUGGGACUGAGUGGCAUUGUUCCCACAAUGCAUUUCACCAUCGAGGAGGGCUUUGUGAAGGCGACGACGGUGGGGCAGAUGGGCUGGUUCUACCUGAUGGGGGCCAUGUACAUCACUGGGGCCGGCCUCUACGCGGCCCGCAUCCCCGAGCGCUACUUCCCUGGGAAGUGUGACAUCCUGUUCCACUCUCAUCAGAUCUUCCACGUGCUGGUGGUGGCAGCUGCCUUCAUCCACUUCUACGGCGUGUCCAACUUGCAGGAGUUCCGCUACGGCCUGGAGGGUGGCUGCACUGACGACACUCUCCUCUGAAACACAACCACCCCACACACUCACAAGCGCACACACACACACACACACACACACACACACACACACACACACACACACACACACACACACACACACACCCCUCUUCUCAGACCCCCCUCCUCUCCCUCGUCCUCAGAAAUGUGCUGCUGGAUAAAUGAAUAGGUCAUGACCUCUCCUCUCCCUCUCUCCCUCUCUAUUUCUACCUCUCCCUCUCUCCUCUCUAUUUCUCCCUCUCUAUUUCUCCCUCUCCCUGUCUCUUCUCCCUCUCUCCCCUCCCUCUCUCCUCUCCCUUUCUCCCUCUCUAUUUCUACCUCUCCCUCUCUCCUCUGCUCUCCAUUCUCCCGGUCUCUUGGCUCUGUGGGGUUCCUACUGACUGUUUUAGUCUGGAGCUGCUGGGGCCUCCAGGUGGAGUUAUUAUCUCCCCUGGGGGCCGUUGGUGCAGCAGCAUCUCUCUGGUAAGCCCAGUUGAAGGAGUUAGCAAGUUGGGUUAACAUCUGGUGCAUCUAUCUCGGGUAAGUUGGUUUAAGGGGUUAGCAAUGAGAGAUAGCAUCUGAUGCUGAGGAGUUGGCAUUUGACACAUCUCUUUAUGAUAAGCUGGAUUGAGGGGGUUCGCUGUAGUGGGUUGGGUUUGGUUAGCAUCUGACUCUAAGAGGUUAGCGGCUGGUUGGGUUAGCAUCUGACUCUAAGAGGUUAGCGGCUGAUUAGUCUCUGGUCAGUUGGGUGGAUGGGUUCUCUCAGUGACGUUAGCACCCAACUCUUAAUACACAUACUCCUCACUCAGUGAGGUUAGCACCUGACUCUUAAUACACAUACUCCUCACUCAAAACCGAGUGUCGACUAUUUCAAACAAUUGUUCUCCAGUCCGGCGCGAGAGGGUUUCCCUCAGAGACAGCAGAGGAUGCUGGGACACAUCCGGCUCUGAUCUGGCUUGGACCUGGCUCUAGUGUGGGCCAGACCAGCGCCAGAGCCGGCCUCUGUCUGGGCUGGGGAGGAAGUUAGGGCAUUGCAUCAGCCAUCGGGCCCACCAGAUGAUUGGCUAAUACUCAGCUAAUACUCAUACUCAGAUGUAUUGUUUUUCUAAGCAGGCUGGGAACGCACAAAGGGUGAGAUGGUGGGUAGAAUAACUAGGUCAAACCCACUCUUGAGGUUCCGCUGGCAUCUCGAGCCUUAUACGUAAGGAUGAACUCAGAACUCAGUAGGUCAAGCUGUUGCACCUUACAAUUGCAUUAUUACAGACGUGAGCAUAAAGUGCUGCAUUAGGUCCGCCCUGCAGUAUGGAUGUGUACAAUAAUCCUUUAGUAUUCCUGUGCCUUAGGCCACUGGAAAUAGUUUUAAAUAGUUUUGGGCCAACACUGCAGUCUAGUGAACUUAGGGUCUUGCAUAUAAAUAUUCUUUUUUCUUACUUCAAUCCAGUCACUAGUGAAUGAAUGUUGACCUCCAUCAAUGCAUUUUUCUCAAACUGCUGUAUAUGAGCACCUAGUGUUAGCUCUCUUUUAAAUAAGCUUACUUUAUGUGGCGUUAUUUCAAAAGACUAAAACAAUCUGUGUAUUCAUUUCUUGUUAUGUGUAGACAAGUGGUAAAUCAAACAUUUCACUGAAAUUGUGAAGAUUAUAAUAAAUAUUUAUGAAUGAUAAA